AUGCUUAAAAUUCUAGUUUUAUUCGUCCUAGUUAUAGCGAGCUCCUACUGUAAAGUUAUUUCAAAGGAAGAAUCUAUUCUAGAUAAUGAAAUAAAUGAAGAUACACAAGUUAAGGUACAAUUACCAACAUAUAAACCGCCCGAGAAGGCAGGAAAUCCAGAAAAUACAAACGUCUUGUCGGAUAAUAAUGUAACAAAAUCUCCUGUUUCGAAAUGUGACAAAGUAAAUGAUUUAGAUGGCGAAUUGGAUAAUAUUUCUGAAGAAUGCAACGUUGAAGUUAAUGACGCAGCUCUUAUUUUAACGCCUUUCAUAGAAAAUGGCAAGAUCGAAGAAGCGCGCGAAGCGAGCAAGGUUAAUUCGCAAUUAUUCCUAGGCGUUGAAAGUUAUUCUGGCUUCUUUACAGUGAAUAAGACUUAUGAUUCGAAUAUGUUCUUUUGGUAUUUUCCUGUUGAGAAUAAGCCCGUAAAUGAGACUCCUUGGAUCAUUUGGCUGCAAGGUGGUCCGGGCGUUACGAGCCUCACGGGCUUAUUUGAUGAAAUUGGACCCUUUACAGUGAAUCAUUUAAAAUUACAGCGAAACAGAUAUUCAUGGCUGAAAAACCAUUCCCUGUUAUUUAUUGACAAUCCAGUGGGUGCAGGAUAUAGUUAUACAAACAACUUUCAAGGAUUUUCUCGGGAUAUGGCAGCGUAUUCCAAAAAUCUAUACAGUACCGUGAAGCAAUUUCUCGAAGUCUUCCCAGAGUUGAAGACAGCUCCUCUGUACAUCGCCGGGGAGUCGUACGCCGGGAAGUAUGUGCCCGCUCUCGGCGUCGAGCUGCACAGACACAAAAGCAUUUCCGAAAUCGAUGUCAAUUUGCAAGGUUUCAUAAUAGGCAACGCGUUGAUAGAGCCAGCAAUGAUAAAGAAUGUGAUACUUCCAUUUCUUUACUUUGGACUGUUGAGCAAAGAGCAAAUUGCAUCAAUCGAGCCUUUGGUGAAAGCUUUUCAAGCUGAUAUUUCUGCUAAUAAAAGUGUUGCCGCAAAACAAAAAUGGAUGAGCCUGAUUACCGUAUUACUACUUAUGUCGCAUCAGAAACACGCAUACAAUUUUUUGAAAGACGACAUCGGCGCUGGUGGUUUCGUGAAUUUCCUAAAUAACACCGAAGUCCGGAACGCCAUACACGUUGGAAGCGUCAAGUUUUCCUUCGUCAAUGUUACUGUAAAUACUGAAAUGGGCCCAGAUUUUCUUAGCAGUUCUAAACAGCUGUUUGAAGAAUUAUUGGAGAGUUAUAAGGUGCUUUCCUAUUGUGGUCAAUUAGAUCAACUAUUACCCUGCAUUUUUAGUGCGGAAAGUCAUCGUACAUGGCAAUGGAAAGACAGGAACGAAUUCAUUGAAUCAGAAAGGCGCCCGUAUAUGUUCCGAAAUAGACUAGCUGGAUAUCUCAAAUCGGGUGGUAGAUUGACAGAAGUGGUGAUACGUGGUGCUGGUCAUAUGGUCCCAGUGGAUGCUCCGGCGCCGAUACAACGUUUGGUCACCGACUGGAUCCAAGAUGUACCAAUAACGACACAUAGCUCCUUGAAGGAAGACAUGAUUCUGCGACAAAUCAUCAAAAGCAAUGAUCAUAAUAACACUCAUACAUUAUACUUUUGA